UCGAUAAACAUUACCAUAAAAAUAUAAAGUUUCUGGAACCACCUACGAGCCCGGAUGAAUUUUUGAAAGCGUCCCGAAAAAAGGCCUCCGGAUCAAGUCGCGUUCAGCCAACUGCAAUUCCGAUAAAUUCUCGAUCUCGAGGAAGCGAAUCGGCAUUUGGCGGCGAGAUUCCCGUUCCCCGAAUGAAUUUUGACUGUCGCUAAAAACCGGGAGGCCAGGGCGCAACCAGCAACAAGAACCGAGAUGUCAGCCGUCGCUCCAGCUGGUACUGGAAGUGCGACGUCGAACAACAGUGGGCCGAUCGUCCCGGCGCCGCUGUUCGCGUUGCCGCUGUCAUUCACGGUUGGCCAGGUAGCGACGGUCUGCGAAACGCUCGAGGAAAGCGGUGACAUCGAGAGGCUUGCGAGGUUCUUGUGGAGUCUGCCGGUAGCGCAUCCGAACAUCCAGGAACUGAACCAGAGCGAGGCGGUGCUGAGAGCCAGGGCGAUAGUUGCCUACCAUUCAGGCCACUUUCGCGAGCUCUACGCGAUCCUUGAACGGCAUAAAUUCACGAAAGAUUCGCACGGAAAGCUCCAGGCGAUGUGGCUCGAGGCGCACUAUCAGGAGGCCGAGAAGCUGCGAGGACGGCCGUUGGGUCCGGUGGACAAGUACAGGGUGAGGAAGAAGUUCCCCCUGCCCAGGACCAUCUGGGACGGUGAGCAGAAGACCCACUGCUUCAAGGAGCGCACGAGGUCCUUGCUCAGAGAGUGGUACCUUCAGGAUCCUUAUCCGAAUCCGGGAAAGAAGCGGGAACUCGCCGAAGCGACGGGACUGACACCAACGCAGGUUGGAAACUGGUUCAAGAAUCGAAGACAGAGGGACAGAGCUGCCGCCGCUAAGAAUCGAAUGCAGCAGCAAUCCGGACCAGGAAGCGGAUCUCAGCGACGGACGUUGAGUCCUGGACCCGGCGGGAGCGAUUCGGAGGACUCUGACAUCUCCCUGGGACGAACCUCGCCGCCCUCGCCCCCCUCCUCGCCACCCCCGACCCACCAGCCGUCCCCGGUUCCGAUGGGCCCGCUGGGCCCUCUGCCCCCACCACCCCUCAACUUUCGGUUCGACCCGGCGCAGUCCCAGUUCCGGUUCGCGCACGCGCCAGCCUUCAAAUUCCCGCCAACCGGCUUCCAGUUCGGACCGCACAGCCCGCAGCACAACCACCCGAGCAUCGCCGGAGGGGGGAUAUUCAGACUGGCUGAAACCAGUCCCUUUCAGGCCGUAGGACCCAGGGGCGAUCUCGGCUCGAGACUUCCGGAUCCGCUGGGCCUGCCGCCCCCGCGACUCCACCCCCACAAAGGGCUGCUGCACCACCCGCACCCCCCGCACCAGCUGACCGAAGGGAUUUCGAGGUUAUCGGAGGGCUCGCGGCUCUCCGACGGCGGCGUUUCCCGCCUCUCGGACAGCCUCUCGGAAGCCCACAGCCCCCCCUUGAUGGCGACGAAUUUGUCCGUCACCGGGCCGCUCAGAAUCGCGGUGCCGAGUCCCCACACCCCCUCGUCGAGGGGCAGCCCCCCGGCGGGGCAGCAUACGCCUCAAGGUCACGGGCAAGGUCAGGGGUUGAAGAGGAUAGCGACGCCCCCGCCGCACCCGACACCCCCAAAAAUUCACAGACCCUUUUCGCCCGCGUGAUACACGAGAAGAUGAAACGUUGCGUGAAAAUUAAAUGCGAUUUAACUAAGUAUGAUGAUAAUACCGAUGAUAAUUGCC